AUGCAAAACAUUCCAAGCAUCAACACUUCUGUAUCACCAUCAGCCAAUAGAAGACCCUCUCCACCCUCCAAUGCACAAACUCCGAACAUGAGUAGUCAGCAAAAUAUCGAUAACGGACAACAAAAGUAUUAUAAAAUAGCUGAUCUCAAACCAAUGAUGAAUGAUUUUACAAUUACGUUUAUUGUUUUGGAGCGGCAAAACACGAUCAAGACAAAAGACAAUCAUCAUAUAACCAAUUUUCUUGUUGCUGAUGAAACUGCUUUUAUAACGUUAAGUUUAUGGAACCAUAAAGCAGAUUACAUUAACGGAGGAGACAUAAUUAAAAUUGUUGGAGCUCAAACUCAGCUAUGGCAAAAGAAUUGUAUCAAUUUAACUAGUGCAAGAAAUGCAACAAUUACGAGGGUUGGUGAGUUCUCAAUGAUAUUCAACGAAACAAAAAAUAUGAGCGCUUUUGAAUGGGAGGAGAACCCACCUGGCUCAAAAAAGUGGUAUCCAAAAGCUGUUGGUGCAGCGACUUACAAAUAA